AUGGCGUUUUGGAAAGCACUGUGAUGUUCUAGGGAUAAAGAAGUCAGUGUUACAGAAACAACCCGCCUUCUUCCAAGGCUCGAGUAAUUAUAACUCAGGGAUAACCGAAUUGUCUCUAAGCAAGAGUCUCCAUUUGUAGUCUUCGCAUAUGGAAUUGCACCGCCUCAGCUCCAUCUUAGAAGAAUCCCAACCGAAUUCACAAGGGUUGGCAUUGCAAAAAUCGCUUGUGGGUCUGAACAUUUUCUUAUGCUCACUGAAAACAACUUUGUUCUAGCUGCUGGGAAUAAUGCGUAUGGACAAUGUGGCCGUGAUCCUCAAAGACCUAUAGAAAACCCAAUUUCUGACGAAAGUGCAAUAAUUCAAGAAUCACCGACAAAUUUGCGUCUUUCUGCAUUUAAUAUUGAAAACCAUAGAGUUGUUGACAUAGCUGCAGGCUCCUAUCACUCAUUAGUCCUAGUACACCCUCAAGGACUCAGACAAGAUGCAGUUUCAAGAGUAAUGGCAUUUGGCCACGAGCUCGGCUGCGGAUUUUUUGAUAAGCAGCACCGUCAUUUACCAACAGAAAUAGAGCUUGGCCAGUCCUAUUCAAUGGAAACUGUAUCCAAAAUUUUUGCUGGACACAUGAGAUCAGCCGUGCUGCUUGAAUCUGGAAAACUGCUUAUGUGGGGCGAAUGGUUUAAUGGUGCUAAACAGCGUCAAAUGAGAGAAAUCAAGCUUAGCCUAAAGUCAAAUGACCGUUGCAAAAAAGUCUCAAUCGGAAAAAUGCACGCACUCAUGGUAACAGAACAAGGAAAACUUUACUCAUGGGGCGACAAUACAUAUGGAGAACUCGGAACAGGAAGAACUAUAAAAAAUAAAAAUUCCCCCAAUUUGGUCCCAUUUUUCCAAAAUAUGACUAUUUUAGAUUGUGCAGCUGGAGGAAGGCAUUCUUUAGUAUUAGAAGAAACUGGAAGAGUUUUUGCCUUUGGGGAUAAUAGUGAAGGCCAAUGUGCGAUUGAUGCUAAUAGGACAUAUGAGCCUAUACAAAUUGAGACUGUUGGGAUGUUAGGAGAAGACAGCUCAAAAGCUAGGUUUAUUUAUGCAGGAGAUGCACAUUCAGCACUGCUAUCAAGUGAAGGAGAUUUAUUUGCGUGGGGAGAUAAUAGUGCGUGUAGGCUAGGAAUUAGCUCAACUUCAUCAGUUUUUAGACCUACACUGGUAGAUGAUAUUAUGGGGAGGAAUAUCUGCGCGGUGGGAUUGGGAGGAUUUUUCAGUGUUUGUAUUAUUGGGCCUCAUCAGUUUUCUUUGGUAGGGAGAAAUGAAAAUAUGAUUAAAGUGCAGACGAUUUUUAACGAAAUGCUGCAGAAAAGAAUUAAUGAAGGAGAAGCGCAUGAAAAUUAA